AUGGGUGCGGCUCAUAUUUCAAUGAUUUUCCAUACUGACAUAAGGUGGUUAUCAAGAGGUUGUGUACUGAACCGCAUUAUUGAACUCAAAGAAGAAUUAAAAGCCUUUUUCCAAAAGGAGAGACAUGAUAUAUUCAUAAAGCUGCUUGAAAAUUAUACUUGGUGUUUGAAACUGUCAUAUUUGGCAGACAUUUUCACGAAGCUGAAUGAACUAAAUCUCUCAAUGCAAGGGAGACUUGAGGGAAUUGUAACAUCAGCUAACAAGAUGAAAUGUUUCCAGAGAAAGUCGGCUGUUCAGAAAGACGAUGUGUCAAACUUCCCUUCUCUUCAACAACCAGGAUAUAACGGUCUUGGAACUGUAAAAAAUCUGAUUCUUAAUCACUUGGAACAGCUGAGAGAAGCAGUUGAUAAGUAUUUUCCAUCGCUUUCUACAGAGAAACUCGAUUGGAUUGUAUCACCCUUCGAAUUGGCUGACAUGGCUGAAGAGCUGCACUUCACGGCAAUAGAACGUGACGAAUUUCUUGAUAUGUCUGCUGAUUCAACACUGAAAGUCAAAUUUGAGAAGAGUGAUGUGACACUGGCAGCUUUUUGGCAUGGAACAUUGGGGGAAUAUCCUAAUUUGGCUAAGAAAGCUAUUUCUCUACUUUUGCCCUUCUUCACAUCGUAUCUGUGCGAGCAGGCAUUUUCUGCCAUGGCUACAAUAAAAUUGAAACAAAGAAAUAGGGUUCUUUCACUUGAGGAUGACAUGUGGGUGGCAUUAUCAACAAUAAGACCUGAUAUCAAGAGUUUGUGUUCCAAGCAUCAAUCACAAGUUUCACACUGA